AUGGCUCUCUCAUCCUUCUCGCCAGCGGCCCCGUGCACCGCACCGACCUUCUCCUCCAUCUCCCUCUUCGGCGCCCAAAUCCUACACACAACCGCAACCCCCGUAACAAACUACCCGCAAACCAACAGCAUCAUCUCCCCCAUCCUCCGCGACGCACAACCCCCGGUCAUCGUGCAGAAUGCGUCCUUCUGCAACGUAACUGUAACAUACACGCACCCCGGCCGAGACGACGCUCUCACCGCUGAGAUCUGGCUCCCUUCUCUGCCAGCGGGCUGGAAUGGGAGAUUGCAGUCUGUUGGUGGUGGUGGGUGGACGGCAGGGCGGUCUUUGUCGUCGUAUGCGAGUAUGGCUGGGGCCGUCUAUGAAGGGUAUGCGACGGCGACGACGGAUGGCGGAAUUCCUCCGGGGACGGGCCCGGAGAGCUGGGGGCUUGUCAGUGAGGGGAAUUUGAACACUGUUGCGUUGGAGAAUUUCGGGGACAGGUCGUUGGGGGAUCUGGCCAUCCUCGCCAAAGCCGCCAUCCGCGCAUACUACGCUCAAGACCCGCUCUACUCGUACUGGACGGGAUGCUCAAACGGCGGCCGGCAAGCCAGCAUCCUGGCGCAGCAGUAUCCGUCCGCAUACGACGGGAUCCUCGCGGCCGCGCCGGCACUACACUGGCCGCAGAUCGCCAUCACGCGGGCCUGGCCGUCGUUCUACAUGGAUCUGACAAAGCAGUACCCGCGGAAAUGCGAAAUGGAGGCGUUGACGCGGUUUGCCAUUGCCCAGUGCGACGCGCUUGACGGGGUACAGGAUGGGCUUAUUUCGGACCCGGAGAAAUGUCGGAAGCGGUUUCGACUGCGGGAGUUUCUGGGAAAGUCUAUCCUCUGUUCAGAGGUUGGUGAAAAGAUUCGCAUUAGCGCUGCGGCGGUUGAUGUGACGCGCGCGCUGCUCGCUGGCCCGCGGUUCGCGAACGGCGACUUUUUGUGGUUUGGGUACGAGCCUGGGACGGAUCUGUCGGCGCUUGUGGUGUUGGAUCCAGCCUGUACUGGACACGGAGGAGGGGCAUGCACUCCUGCCUCUGUAACGGACCCGCUGACACCUCUGAGCUGGUGGAAGACGUUUGUGCUCAAGAAUAACGAGGCCAAUGUCACAAGCUUGACGCACGCGCAGUACGAUCAGCUGUACCUUACGUUGAAGAAGGUCCUUGUCCCCGUGGCAGCUACAGAGCCCCGCAUAACCGAUUUCCAGAGGGCUGGUGGGAAGAUGCUUACAUUCCAUGGGCUGGCGGAUAAUGCAAUUACUCCCGAGAGUACACUGCACUACUUCCAAGAGGUAUCCUCGGCCCUCGAUAACGUGCCUGAUUUCUACCGCUACUACCGUGUUCCUGGCCUGGAGCAUUGCUCUGGUGGAUCAGGCGGCCAGCCAGUUCACCUGUUCGACCAGCUGCGGGCCUGGGUGGAGAAAGGGACAGCCCCCGGUGCCAGCGCGGUGACGGUCACGCUGCCCAGCAAUGGAACAAUGGAGCAGCUUAUCUGCCCCUAUCCGCAAAAGGCAGUCUACCAGCGCGGCUGUGGUAGGCGUUCCUCGUCUGAAGGGUGCUGGAAGUGUACGUGA